AUGUCUGUUUCGGAAAAUUGGUUUAAUCCUGAUUUUACGCCACAAAGAGCUACGUUAAGAGGCCACGUGACGAGUGUUAUUACGUGCUUGCAAUUUGAAGACAAUUAUGUCAUUACAGGGGCAGAUGAUAAAAUGAUCAGAGUCUAUGACUCGAUAAAUAAAAAAUUUCUUCUACAACUAUCAGGCCACGAUGGUGGGGUUUGGGCUUUGAAGUAUGCCCAUGGUGGUAUCUUAGCCAGUGGUUCUACCGAUAGAACAGUACGGGUUUGGGAUAUUAAGAAAGGCUGUUGUACCCAUGUGUUUAAAGGUCAUAACUCCACGGUGAGGUGCCUCGAUAUAGUGGAAUAUAAAAAUAUCAAGUAUAUUGUUACUGGUUCGAGAGAUAAUACUUUACACGUCUGGAAAUUGCCCAAGGAAUCCUCUGCUACUGAUCAUGGGGAUGAGCAUGAUUAUCCAUUAGUCUUUCACACUCCCGAGGAGAAUCCAUAUUUUGUAGGUGUUCUAAGAGGACAUAUGGCCCCUGUAAGAACUGUUUCAGGCCACGGUAAUAUUGUCAUUAGUGGCUCUUAUGAUGGCACACUCAUCGUGUGGGAUAUCGCGCAAAUGAAAUGUCUACGUAUCUUAAGAGGGCACAAAGACCGUGUUUAUUCAGCUAUCUAUGACCAUCAAAGGAAAAGGUGCAUUUCCGCCAGCAUGGAUACUACCAUUAGAAUUUGGGAUUUGAAAGACAUUCGGAAUAAUGAAGAACGUUCUCACGUAGCAAACUCCGCAUCACCAUACACCGAGGUACUUGAUGCCAUGUACGUUUUGCAUGGUCACACAGCCCUAGUCGGUUUAUUAACAUUAUCCGAUAGAUUUUUAGUCAGUGCCGCUGCAGACGGUUCAAUAAGAUGUUGGGAUGCAAACACUUACCUUCUAAAAUUUUCCUUCAAUAACACAGAAUUAAAUACGACUACUGCAUUGCACGCUUCUGAUGAGGUGUUAGUAAGUGGGUCUGAAGGUCUGCUCAAUAUUUACAAUUUAAGUAGUGGGCUAUUGGUUCAUUCAGAUACAUUGAGUGGUGCUGAUCAAGUUUGGGAUGUUAAUUUUAGAGACAAUACACUUGCUGCAGCAGUUCAACGAGAUGGGCAGAGUUUUUUGGAAAUCUUGGACUUUUGUUGA